AUUUGCAAAUGUGUGUUUCGUUUCAGUAUUCGGGCCGCGACGUGGAAGAGAAAACCAAAGCGUUACACGGUGGUUUAAACUGUCAGACGACCAACACAUCCACCCAGAGAAAUUAGCGCUAUUAAUAAACGUCUAAGUUUUGGUAGAAAGACAGUCAUGCCUUGGGCUACCUACCUGGUUGAUAUUGAACGUGAUGAGGAUGCGGUUUACACUGGAUCAAGACCACCAAGCUAUGUGUGUGGCAUUGGAAGGGGUACAUGGAGGAAAAUGCAGGACAAAUCUGAGAUUAAAAUGCCAAGCAAUGCAGUUAGAGGUGGAGAAUACAACACAAAGGUUUCAAGUAUUUACCAACAAAAACACAACAUUAGUUUCCCCAUGAAGAUGAUGGGGAGAGGGCGUGCAAUGUAUGGAUCUUAUAAAACAAUAGGAAAGACGGAAGUGAAACCUGGUGAAAAACUCACAGCGGCUGGAAAUAUUUGCAAAAGGGAACAUGAAAUGAAUUUCUCUAUUCCUAAGUUGAUGGGUCGAGGACGUGGAAUGUACAGUUGUUAUAAAACAAUAGGAAAGACGGAAGUGAAACCUGGUGGGAAACUUACAGCGAAAAUUGCUCCAACAACACAGCCAAGAAAACCACUUCCUUUAACAGAUUAUAAAUUAAAGCAGUUGACCAAUUUUGUCAAAAAAACUACUUCAAUCUCAAAUCAGAAUUCUUGGGCACAUAGAGCUGGUACUUUAUUCCCAGAACUGGAAACGGUUGAAGCAUUCAAUAAAAAGUUAGACAAGUUUGCUGAAUUAUCCAAUGAGGAAGCACCAUUUCAAAGAAUUCGAAAGAAAAAGACAGCAAUAGUCAAAUCGUUUGAUCUUGCUGGGGUUGUACAUGAUCCCGAUGAGGAUGAGUACGCUGGUGCCGUAGGUGGUGUUCCGGACGUCAACGCUGCCUUGAAAACUAUGUCACACUCUGUCAGACAGGGAAACAUAAGUGGUGUUAAGAACAGAACGAAAGAUCCUUGUAACGUACAGAAUUCUAUCUAUGAGGACAAAGCAAUUGUACCUAUAUGCGCAGAUCGGUACAGUAUACCAGUCACUCAACGCAAACCAGAUGAGCACCAGACAGGAGGUAAUAAUUCUACAUCACGCGGAGCUGAAAGUCUAAAGUCUGGUGCUGAGGAUUGGGAUGUGGAAGAAGCUUACUGUGCUUUUGUUAAUGAGUCAAUUCAAAGCUACCAAUCCUUUAAUGAUGAAUUAUUUUCUAAAGGACCAUGUGUAUUUGAAGUGGCAAACUUACCAUUUGAUGUUUCUGAAACUACCUUGUAUGAAUUUAUGUGUUCAUUUGGUGAAGUUAUUCUUUGUGAAGUAGACCGUUCUCCGCCAGAUUACUGUAAUGGAGCUAGGGCUAGAGUAAGGAUGGCCACCAAACGUGGGUGCCAGUUUGCUGUUAAUUGUUUGCAUGGAGAAGUUUCGCCAUUUCCUGGUAUCUACAACAAUGAUAUUAUUCCAGUGUUAGUCUGCACUCUAUGUGAUUGAUUAUCUGAAAAACAGCGACUCAAAAAGGAGGUUUAGAAACAGAUAUUGUUGAAUGUUUUGUAUUUUAUCUUCUACAAAGCUAUAUAUUCCCUAGAAUGAGAAUGAGAAACUGGGAUUACAGAAGAUACCAAUUUGCUCUGGCCAGGGAGCAGAGUUGAGAGCUUCCCUAGCUUCUUGAAAUAUUAUUCUUUCAGUUGUGAAAGAAAUUAAGAACUACUUUUGCAAAAUCGAGAAAUUGAAAUGUUUACACACAAGAAGAGUGUAUGAAAACUAUUUGACCAAUGAUACUGCACCUUGUAUGAAAUGUUUCAUUAUAUUGGUUCCGGGGUAAAUAGUGUGUUUAUAGUAAUAUUUAAAUAAUUUACUAAAGUCAAACCAUUCAUUACUCAGAAGAAUCAAAAUCUGUGAUAUUGUGUGAGGAAGUGACUGACUGACUCCUGCCAUGUAGCUAUUGUUCAUGACAGAAUUGCGCUACCUGGCGAGUGAAAGGCAUGUAAU